AUGGGUCGUGGAGAGUACUACCGCAACAAAUAUGGCGGCGGUGGUCGUGGAGAUAGACGCGGGCGUGAACGUAACGAUGACCGCAGUAGCUACAACAAUGAACGGCCACGGAUGCCAUUAGCUGCAGCUUCAUGGCAACAGUUGGGUAACAUACUACAGCAGCUACACAAUAGGAACUACGGUGCAUAUCAUGAAUUGGAACGUAUUUUUGAGUAUCAAAGUAGAUCAAAUGAUCUUUAUUUCUCCCUUGAGUUUGAUCAUAUUCAAGGUGAUCCAUACGCAAGUCCAUCACGUGCUCAUGUCACAGUUCCUACUGUGUCAGCCGCUUUUCCGACCGAAAUGUAUCGUGACAAGACGCGGAACGUGGCCUUGUGUGAUUACUUGACUCGAGUUUUUGCCUCCAAUGCACGCAGUUGUGGUGCUGAUGCUAAGACUAUCAGUAACUCUUGGCAAGGAGCUAAAGGUGGAGACAUUUCCAUUGAUGCGCCAGGCCAACACGUGAUCGAACGCACAAGUGUUAAUGUACUGGCUAAUGGCGAUGUUGAGGCCAGAUUUAACAUUAACUUGCCAGCACGUGGUCGCAGUAUAUGUGGCGACUGGGCAUACACAAUCUUGGCAGAAACGUUGCCAAAAUUGGUAGCACAGUCCUUGGUGCUUCAAAGUCUGGAUGUAAAUCAUCUAUGGAAACAUUUGCAGUCGGUGGAAGAUCAGGAAAUACUGAGAGGUAUGCUCAAGGGUGCUGGACUCGUAGGUUUUGUUCGAGAUGGAGCUGUGUUGCCGAGACAAUCUGGGGCUUCGGAUCUGCCGCUAAGUAGUGACAAGGCUAUUCUGUUUAAGUCGCCCGAGUCGUUGAGGAGGUCAUUUAUGCUGCCAAAUUGUGGAACAAUCACAGGUAUGGGCAUUCCUCAAGGUGUCACGCUGUUUGUCGGUGGGGGGUUUCACGGUAAGAGUACAGUGCUUAAGGCGCUAGAAGUGGGCGUAUACAACCACGUACCGUCGGAUGGACGGGAAUUCGUCGUUGUCGAUCCAAACGCAGCAAAGAUUCGCUCUGAGGACUCCCGUAGCGUCGUAUGCACCGAUAUCAGCGCAUUUAUCGAUAAUCUCCCAUUCAAGCAAGACACAACUCGCUUCUCCACUGCUGAUGCUUCUGGCAGCACGUCACAAGCAGCUAAUAUUGUCGAGGCUCUCGAGGUGGGUGCUACAACAAUAUUAAUUGAUGAGGAUACAUGCGCUACCAACUUCAUGAUCCGUGACUGGAAGAUGCAGCAACUAGUGACAAAAGACAAAGAACCCAUUACACCAUUCAUCUCAAAGGUGCGCGCACUCUACAUGCAGCAUGGGGUGUCGUCCGUGCUGGUCAUUGGUGGCGCUGGCGACUACUUUUCUGUCGCCGAUCAUGUGAUCAUGAUGGACUCGUAUCAGCCGCGAGACGUUUCUGCUGAGGCCAAAAAGAUUGCGAGCGAGUACGAUGAGAUCCGACAGGAUGUUCAGUUUGGCGGGUUCAACUCUCGCAUUCCUUUGGCUAAUGGCUUCGAAGUCAAUGGCAAGGUUGUCUCGCGUGGACGGGAUAAAAUUCAGUAUGGCAAAGUGGAUUUAAACUUGAGCGCUGUCGAGCAGAUUGUGGAGUCCAGCCAAGUACGCACGAUUGCUGACGCCAUUCAAAAGGGUCGGUCUUUAAUGGAUGGGAAGCGUACGCUUGAGCAAGUAUUGACAAUCCUUGAAAGCGAGAUCAAUCAUUCAGGUUCGCUUGAUGUUAUUAGUUGCGACACCAAGUGUGGAUUUUAUACUCGGCCUCGUAAGCUUGAGGUGGCAGCGGCAUUCAACCGUCUAAGAACAGCAACGAUGACACAGCAAAUGCUCUGUGCUCGCAUUGCAGCCACUGCAGAGACUAGUAAAAGUGAAACUAGAACAGGGUUGAAAAAUACGGGACGCACAUCGACAGUCACGGCUUCGGCACUUUUAGAAACGAUACUACCGUAUAUGAAUCAAUUGGCCAAUUCUAGAGGUGGACGAGAAGCAGUGAAACCGAAAGAUGUGAGUGAGAUUAUGAAGGAAAAGUUUGGAGUCAAGCCAUCGUAUAUGACGGCGUGGAGAGCAUUGAGUGCAUUUAGAAAGCAACGAAAGGAAGAAGAUUUAUUGUCGUACAUGAAGCUAAAAGGAUAUCUUCAUGCAUUUGCAGUGACAAAUGAGGGAAGCUUAGUGGCUUUUGAACAUCAAGACAACACGCGGGCGACACCACCAGCUACUAGUCCGGAUGCGAAGCUAUUUGCACAUGCUUUUUUGUGUCCAAAACCACUACAUGAUGCAUUAAAGUACUGUCGUGGAUCAAUGUUACUCAGUGUUUUUUUGGUGACGUCGACAUUUGGAGGAGUCGUGUUUACGGCUACGGCACAGGACGUCAUGGGUGAUAACGUACCAAUGGCUAUUGGCCUCGCAUCCGCGGAGAAUGAGGACGAGUGGCGAUUUUUCUUGCAGCAAUUGCGGUAUGCUUUCCCUGACUUGGAGCGCCUAGUUACGUCACUUGUGCAUAAUCGUGGAGACCAACUCACUCGUGCUAUUUAUAGUAUAUUCCCCAACUGCCCGCAGUCCAACGAAGUUGAAAUUUUCAUACGCACUGCCGGGCGAGAUUCUGCUGCCUCAGAGUCAUCUGGUACUUCGAUUGCAACAGGAACGAAUGGUUCUACACUGCGUCUGGAUUCGUCUAUGCUGUGGAUGGAAGCACUGUGUGCUAAAGCUCCGCUGAUGAUCCUUGUCGGUUGGGUCUCUCAGGUGGCCCGAACACUGUUUCAGCGCUACGAGCGCUACGGGCAUCUCAGCUCAGAGUAUCCUGCGGAAUUUCAUUCCCUUGCGACAGAGUACGAAGGAGAAUCGUCUCGUUUUGACGUGGUCCGCACUUCCGAGAGCGAAUUUGAGGUUAUCGACCGUCAGACCAGUGCCGGGCGGGUAAUCAACUUCGUAAAGCAAACGUGCACUUGUGGCGAGUACGAUGUCUCGCGCUUUCCAUGUCUACACGUGUUCCUUGCGGUGACACAUGCUGGCAUGCUACGGACAGAUGUGAUUCCACGUAUAUUUCUCAUGACAUCUUUGAAGGCGCUUUACGCGGGGCGUAUAACGCCAAUCGAUAUUAGCAAUGUGCCCUCAGACGGGAUCACGGUUCCGCAGCCGUUGCCAACAACUCGAGGCCGGCCGCGCAAGGUACAGCAAAUUCAGCAAUUUGGUGACCUAAAGCAGGAAAAGCUUUCGUGCAGUAUGUGUGGCGUUAAAGGACAUAACAAGCGCACUUGCAAAGGUCUCACCAGUGUGCCUAUCCCAAUCUCCCGCAGUGCAACUGUUGGAGAGGUGCAGACGAAUGAUGUGGUCAACGAUCAAGAUGAUACCACGUUCCUUGUAUCUACAUAUAGUGAUACUCUUGCUUUUGACAACCCAGCGCUGGAAGGUCAUGGAUCGGAAAGCCACGACACUAAUGGGCAGGCUCUGCAUUUGAGCUCAGGCAAGCGGCGACGUCUGGCUGGCCAUGACAACACGGAAGAAAAAAAGCCCGAUGAAGAUGAAACCUCUGGUGUUGCGUUGGUGUAA